AUGAAACACCCCCUGCACCUAGCCCUUCUCCUGCUGGGGACAGUUUCUGCUCUUUAUCUGGAAAAUGAUGCCCCCCAUCUGGAGAGCCUAAAGACAGAGACAGACCUGGAUCAGGAUCCAGAUGGCUCAGGGGAGCAGAAGGGAGAGUUGGCCCUGACUGAAGAGGUGAUUCAAGUAGAGGGCGAUGAGGUCAAGACUUCAGGGUAUCAAGAAGCCUUUGAAGAUGAGGAGGCUGUGGAGUCAGGCCCACCUCCUUUAGAGCAGAACUUGCUAUGCCCCAGGGAAGAGGAUACUGUUCAAAUUCAGGGAGAUUCUGGGUGCAAAACCUGUCGCUAUCUGCUGGUACAAACUCCAAAGACAUUUUCUCAAGCUCAGAAUGUCUGCAGGAGAUGCUACCAAGGCAACCUUGUCUCCAUUCACAACUACAAUUUCAACUAUCAUGUUCAUUGUUUGGCCAGUAAGAUAAACCAGGCCCAGAUCUGGAUCGGAGGCAUCCUCAGGGGCUGGUUCCUGUGGAAGAAGUUUUGCUGGAUUGAUGGAAGCUCCUGGAAUUUUGCAUAUUGGGCCUUAGGGCAACCUGGGUGUUCAGGAGGCCACUGUGUGACCCUAUGUUCUAAAGAUGGCCGCUGGCGACGAGCUCCGUGCCAUAGGCAGCUGCCCUUCGUCUGCUCCUUCUGA